AUGUCUAGCAGAAGAUUAUAUCAUACAACAGUAAAUAAUUUCAACUAUGAUGAAACAGAGAAACUUUCUGAUCAAUUGGAUCGCUUGGAAUAUCAACAAAAUGGAUGUGAAUUAUUACUUAAACAACCAAAACUUCUCGAUCGAUUUUUUGAAGAUUCACAAAUGAAUGAUAUAUCAUUACUUACUCAAUUUUUUCAAUUUCUUAUAAAAUCAAUGAAAAAAUCAAGAGAAAAUGCGGUUAAACUUAUUUUACGUUUACCAAAUUCUGAUCUUCUAAAAUUUACUUAUGCACAUCUUCGUCCUUUAUCAUCAACCAAUGAAAAAGAAAAAAAUCUGUUAGAAAAAUUCGUUCCUAUUGUAUCUGAAAUUUUACAACGACUACUUGAAAUUCAUCCGUUCUGUUGGGAACAAUUAAAUUCAUUGGGUAUAUUUGAUCGACUUGAAUUAUAUACUCAAAAAACUUCUGAUGAAAAUAUUCAAUUACAAAUCACUGAAUUAAUCUCCUGUGUAGAUAAUUUACGUGAAGAAUAUAAAAGAAAAAGUAAAAAAAUAAAAUCGAAAGUUCAAAAUGAUUUAGAACCUGAUGAACCACCACCCAAUGAUUUUCAUGAACUUUCAAUUUAUCCAACAUUAGAUGAAAUUUUUCAGCAACAAAUACCUUAUCUAAGAAAAAAUAUCACAUCAGGCCAAUAUCAAAAUGGUACACAUUAUCUUGAUAUACAUUUUCGUCUUCUUCGAGAAGAUUUUCUUCAUCCAUUACGUGAAGCUAUAUGUCAAUAUAUGGAUGAUGAUAAUCGAAAUGUAUCAUUUCAAAAUGCUAAUGUACGUUUAUAUAGAAAUACAAUAUUAAAAAGUACAAUAUGUUCUCAUAUUGGAAUAUUAUUUUCAAUGCAAAUUGAUAUGCAAACUUUACCAAAAUCAAUUAGUUGGAGAAAUUCAAGACGUUUAAUCUAUGGAAAUUUAUUAGCUGCAACAUUUGAUGAUUUUGCUACUAGUUGUUUUCUAUUAACUGUAGAAGAUCGUUCAAAUAUUGAUCAAGAUGGAACAAUAUCUGUUCGAUGUCAAAAAGAAUUAUGUGGUUAUCAAUUAAUGAAAACUCCACCAGGAACAUCUUUUACAUUAUUAGAAACUACAUCAUAUUUUGAAGCAUAUCGACCGAUUUUACAAGCUUUACAAAAUAUUAAAGAGGAUCGUUUGCCACUUGAAAAAUAUUUACUUCAUUGUGAUACAGAUGUUAGUUUACCAAAUUAUUUUGAAGAAAGAAGUAAAAUUGAUUUUCAACCUUUAUUAAUUAAAAAUGCCAAAGAUUACGGUGAAUUGCAUGAUCAAUUAAGUGAUGUUAAAGAUUUAACAACAUGGCCAAAUGCUCAACAACUUGGACUUGAUGAUAGUCAAUACAGGGCAUUGCAAUUAGCUUUAACUAAAGCUGUUGCUCUUAUUCAAGGUCCACCUGGAUGUGGAAAAACAUUUCUUGGUGUUCGAUUAGCUGAAUUAUUUUAUCAUAAUCGUGAACGAAUUACGGGUUGCAAUCGUCCAAUCCUAAUGAUUUGUUAUACUAAUCAUGCUUUAGAUCAAUUUUUAUCAACAAUUAUUCAAAAACUUCACCCGAAAUCUGGAGACAUUGUUCGUGUUGGUGGUCGCAGUACAAAUCCUGAAAUUGAACCAUUUUUAAUACAAAAAUUACGUCAACAACGACGUAAUGUUCGUGUAGAAAAUAAAGAACUAUCAGAUAAAUAUGAAAUAAUUAAAAUUAUUAAAAAACAACUGGAUAAUUGUGAAGAGAAAUAUUAUAAUUGUAGUCAAGAAAUACUUGAUAUUACUCAACUAUUACGUGUUAUGAAUAAAAAUCAAUUUUUAUCAAUGAUAGAACCUAUUCUAUCAAAAUUAGAUAUUUUUAAUAAUCAUUGGAAGUCAAGUAAAUGUGGAAUCGAUUGUAAGUCAGAUGAUUCAGAUGAAAGUGAUUCUGAUAGUGAAAAAAAUGAUGAAUCUUUAUCAUGGGAAGAAAAAAUGGAGGCAAAUAAAAAUCGAACCAAUUGUCAUAAAUUAAAUAAAUUAUCAAAAAACGAUCAAAAUAAAAUGAAUCAAUUUUUUAUUCAAUGGUUAACUUCAAAACAAUCACAUUCAAUUAUCAAUCAAAUCGAAGAACAAAAUGAAGAUGAUGAUGUUGAUGAUGAUGAUGAUGAUGAUGGUGGUGGUGAAUUUCAAAAACCUCGAAGAAGAGGAAGAAAGAAAAAUGAAGCUAGAGCAACAGUUUUAAAAGAUACAUUAAAUGAUCUAUUUUUACAAACAACAACAGCAACAAAUAAUACAAAUAUGAAUGAAGAAAAUCAGAUUAAUAUCGAAGAUGACGAAGAAGAAACAAAACGAUUAGACAAUGUUGAUCAUGUAGCUAUUCCGUUUAAAUUUCCUAGUCAAACGAAUGAAAAAGAAAAAAAACAAAUCAAUACUGAACAACUUGAAUUUAUGCAACGUUUAUUAUAUAAUAGAACAGCACUACUAUCGGAUGAUGCGGUAAAUAAUAUAAUAGAUUUAUGGUCAAGAUCCAUUGGUAAAGAGCAACGACAAGCUCUCUAUCGAUAUUGGCUUUGGAAAUAUGUUCAAUUACUUACAGAGGAAUGGUAUAAUUUAAAUGAGCAAUAUGAUGAAAAUUAUCAAUUAAUGCAAAACCUCUGGUUAACAAAUGAUCGAUUAUAUAUGAAUGAUGCAUUUAUAAUUGCUAUGACAACACAUUGUGCAUCAAGAUAUCAAAAAGUAUUAAAAGAAAUUGCACCACGUAUUUGUAUAGUUGAAGAAGCAGCUGAAGUAUUUGAAUCACAUAUUAUAACAGCAAUUGGUGAACGUAUUGAACAUUUAAUUCUUAUUGGUGAUCAUGUUCAACUUCGUCCAUCACCAAAUGUUUAUACAUUAGCUAAACAAUUUAAUCUUGAUGUAUCUUUAUUUGAACGAUUAAUUAAAAAUCAAAUGCCAUCUGUUCAAUUAUGUGUACAACAUCGUUCAAUUCCAAUGAUUUCCAGUUUAACGCAUCAUUUUUAUGACAUAUCAAUUCUUAAUCAUGAAUCAGUUCUUAAUCGUCCAUCGAUUAAAGGUGUAAAUCACCCAUUAUAUUUUAUUGAUCAUCAAAAUUUCGAAGAAAAUGUUGCAGAUGGUUCAUCGAAAAGAAAUAUUCAUGAAAGUGAUUAUGUUAUACAAUUAGCUAAUUAUUUAAUUCAACAAGGAUACGACAAAAAAGAUAUAACCAUUUUAACAACAUACAUGGGUCAACGACAACGAAUUCAAAAGACUAUCAGUCAACAAUUUAAACAUCUUCAAGGCAUUCAUAUUACCGUAGUAGAUAAUUUUCAAGGAGAAGAAAAUCGUAUUAUUUUAUUAAGUCUUGUACGAAGUAAUGCUGAUCAACGUCUUGGUUAUAUAGCUGUAGAUAAUCGUAUAUGUGUAGCGUUAUCUCGUGCACAAAAUGGUCUUUAUGUUAUUGGAAAUUUUCAUUUACUUGUUGAACAUAAUGAAACAUGGAAAAUUAUUAUAAAUAAAAUAAAACAAUUAAAACUUAUUGGAACAGGUCUUCCAAUUCAUUGUAUUAAUCAUCGCGAUAAUCAAAUAAUAUGUCAACAUCCAAAUGAUUUUCUUAAACGACCACUUGGUGGUUGUGGACUUCAAUGUGAAACUCGUUUAUCAUGUGGUCAUCAAUGUCCAUUAAAGUGCCAUAGUACAUCGCAUGAUACCGUAGUUUGCCAUAAAACUUGUCAGAAAAAAUAUAAUGAUUGUGAUCAUCAAUGUGGACAGAAAUGCCAUCCAACAGCAGAAUGUCUACCAUGCAGUGAAAUGAUUAAAUUAAAAAUGCCUAAUUGCGAGCAUAUAAGUGAUAUACCAUGUUUUAUGACUAAAACUAAUCAACUUGAAUGUGCCGUACAGGUUUCAUAUACAUGUUCUAUUGGACAUAAGGUACAAGUACGAUGUUGUGACUUAAGAAAUGAAAUGUUGAAAGAUCAACUAUGUAUUCAUCCUUGCGAUGCUACUCUUGAGUGUGGACAUAUUUGUAAAGGUACAUGUUCUACAUGUUAUCAAAAACGAUUCCAUUGUCCAUGUGAUCAAAAAGAACUUAUUGUUUAUAUGUGUGGUCAUAGUCGUCAACAACGUUGUCAUGAACUUGGAUCACGUUGCAAACAACCAUAUAUCAAAUUAUGCGAUCAUCCAGAUGAACCAGAUAUACUUUAUCUAUCUGAUAAAUGUGUUAUAUAUCAAUGCAAUCGAUAUUGUCUAAAUAGAUGCAGACAUAGUCGUUGUAAUGAACGGUGUAAAAAUGAAUGCGAUCGUUUACCAUGUAAUAGCAAAUGUACACGACGUCUUCAUGAUGGUCAUUACUGUUUUGGCGUUUGUGGAGAGCCGUGUAUUACUUGUUUGAAUUGUCGUGAAACAGAACUACCAGAUGAAAUACGAGCGGCUAUAAAUGGACGAAAUAAAAGAAAUAUCUGUUUUGUUGAACUUGAAUGUGGUCAUCUAAUUACAACUGAUAAACUUGAUGAACAUGUUCAAAAGUUUGAACAGGAGAACUUUUUACCUAAUGGGUUUAUACAUGUAGAAUAUCCUCGUUGUCCAAAAUGUCAAUAUCCUUUAGUGAAAUGUAAACGUUACUCUGCUCUUAUCAAGAAGAUUCAUGGAAGACUGCAAAAGUUUUAUUCAGGAACUGAAACGUUAUUAGUUGAUACUCUUCGUCAAAGGUUAAACCGUUCAAUCGACUAUACUGGAUUACCAGAGAACAUUGUUGAUAUUAUUAGAAGAGACAAUGGUAAUAAUCGUCAAAAGAAACUUUGUGAUUUGUUUAUACAUGUGCUAGGUCUUUUUCGAAAUUUAAAAGAACAAGUCUCGUCCGAACGUGAUAAAAUAUUAGCAGCAAUUUAUGAACAUGUUAAGAAAAAUGAUUCAUUAUAUCUUACGCGACAACAAUGGUUAGAUUUAGAACAUGAGUAUAAUCGAUUGGUAUUUAUUGAUCGGUUUAAAACAUUAAAAGAAGUAUUAGAAAAUGACUUCAAUCAGUCAGAAAUACAAACAUUAAAUGACAACCUUUUUGGCCCUAAUCAAUUCACUCAAUCAAUCUGUCAAAAAUGCAAGACUCUAUUAUAUUAUGCUGAUGAUGAUAAUGAUAUAUGGCAAACGAUUUUACCCGAUCAAUUAAAAUGGGAUGAGUAUGAAAAAGAUCAACACAUUUGUGAUCGCAAAUGGAUGAUGUGUUCAAAAGGUCAUUUAAUGUGGGUUAAAGAUAUUACUGAACAAUUAACAUGUCUUCAGUGUCAAUCGAAUGAUAAUGAAAACGUACGAAUUGGUAUGCCUCAUAGAAUAGCUAGCCUUCCGUUGCGUCGUGGAGGUUAUCGUGGAAGUUAUCGUCGAUAA